AGGAGUUGGUCAAUGAGCUUGAUCCAAAUUUCUAGCAUUACAAAUGUUCAGUAAAAGCUAGUUAAUCCUACAUGAUUAUGGAACGUUAAUAUACUUUUAACAGGAAUAGGUACCAAAGAAAAAAUUAAUAAUAAUUGACAAAUUAAAUAAGUGUGCUAUACAUAGACCUAAUAAGCGUUUAAAUUUCAAACAUGGAUGAAUUAAUUAUUAUUGUGAAAUUUCUUUGUGAAAAAGUUGACGACUUGAUGAGCGAGAACUUGGUAUUAAAAACCUGUCAUAUCUAUUCAAGAGCUGAAACUGCUGACAUCAAGCAAGAGCUGCUUCACAUCAAGCAAAGUCUUGUCAUCAAGAGAGAUAAUGACCAUUCUUAUAGUCAAGUGCCUAGAAUAUCUUCUAACAACAAGUUACCAAACCGUGCUGAAACACAGGUUGACUCCGGCAACCACAGUUUGUCACGAGUUAAACCAACGCAUUGACAGUGAUGGGUUCACCUUAGUGCAACACGUGCACAAGUUCAAACCUAAUGGUAACUCUGACAGCAAACAGGAAGAAGAAAGGAAGAAAACUCCAAUAAAAGUGCAGUUUUCUACGAGCAGCCAUCUUCUCCUUACUAUUGAAAUCGUUAAUCUUAACUUCAUCAAUGGUUGAUGCUGGAAGAUGCCUGUUCUAACUAAUAAUCUUAUCAAAUUUGGCCUACUUGAGAUUUUUUAUUCCUGUUCUCAGUCAACUCACUAAUGAAUGGAAUACGAUAACCUCAAUAUCUCCAUUAUGACUUGGUUCUGUUACCUGUAGUAUUGCCGGGCGAUCUGAACAAAGAGCCACGAGCCUUAUGGCGAAUAAUUUCCAAGCUGGAGGUAGUAACUUUUAUGUUUUUGAGAAGUGAAAAUAUGAUUUAAAGAAUCAGUUUUGCGCUGAGAACCGAGAAGAAAUAUAUUUGGAAAAUGAAGCUGUAUCCUGUAAAGUAUAUUGGCUUUACAGCUUUUAAUCGAAUUUUUUCUCUGCCGAUGCUUCCAUGGGUAAUUGCUGAAAUCAAGCUGCAGAACUAUUCGGAAAUGGUGUGCAUGGGCAUUCUAGAUGACUACAUCUACGUGUUCAGUCUCAGUUCGUGUGACGUUGAUCGACCAAUGUACAAGCACUCCCUCCAGCACACAGUUAGAUUUUCUGUGGUCGCGAAUGAGCCGUACCAUUUGAUACAUCUUCUUCACGACACAACCGAAUCUCUUCUUUACUGUUACCUCUAUGAAGUCCGUGAACCUGAACAGAUGACGGAGCUGUUGAACUCUUUCAAGGAGAGUAACAAAGACAGGAGCUCGAGUCCAGUCAGUGCAAGCCCAGUCAGCUCGUUGUCUGCGUCAAGUCCCACCAGCGCAGCUGUCACGACGCUGGGCGUCGACAUAUGCAGUAGUGCCUCACAUUUUUUUGAGGUUCUCUAUAUUGGAAAGAUUAAAGUAUCACACAAGAGAGUUCCUGACACUUUUAUUGACGAUGCGCUCGAAAAGUUUCAGUCUCAUGAACUGGAAAAAAACAGGUCAAGGCUAGUGAAAUCAACAAGUGAUUUUGGUUCCAGGCAAAUUCCUCAAAUGCCAUCGUUGCUGCAGACCAUUGGCAGCAGUGAACAUGUAUCAAUAUCACCAUCGUCUUCUGUUAAUAGUGUCGACACAGAUAAUGCUACAGGAAGUUUUUCAGGAUCUGUUGAGAGCUUGCCAUAUCGAGAAAGUCAGCAGAACAUUACAGAAGAGCCAAUACGAGAUAGGGCUGCAUCUACAGGCUGUGAAAAUGAUUUGAAAAAACCUGGCAAGAAGGAUUAUAACCGCACCAUGUUGUUUCAAGUUGGACGAACUGACUUGUGCAUUAUCAGCCCUGAUAGAAAGCAAGUACUUCUGCACAAACAACUAAAGGAUGUAGCCACUUGUAUACAGGGUGUUGUACAUGGUGAAUAUUUUGGCUUUAUUUGUCGUGAACCAAACAUGGACAGUUAUGUUGGGUACGUGUUCAAAUGUGAAAAUGAAUCAUUUGCAGAUGAAGUAGUUGUGGCAAUCACUCAGUCGUUCAUGACAACUUCCGAGGCACAGCGUCGUGAGAAACCUCCAGUGCUGUCUUGCGAACACUGCCCCUUGGUGUGGUACCAUAAGCUGUGCGCUGAUAUAGAAGGACUAGGAGAAAAGCGUGCUCAAGCCAUCAUUAUUCGUAGACUAGAUUCCUUGCCUGAAGAAGAGCAAGCUUUGGUGUUAGAAAAAUUCAGAGGCAUUGAAGUAAACACCGUCCAAGAGCAGAAUGAAAUGCUUAUGAUUUUGUUGCGAGCUCAUUGUGAAGCUAAGCAAACCCGACAUGUACAUGAUACGCCUGAGAAUAGAAGUGAAUUUCUUAAUCAGUAUUUAGGUGGUAGUACUAUUUUCAUGAAAGCAAAACGUUCUCUGACUAGUUCAUUUGACCAGCUACUCAAAAGAAAGAGUUCUCGUGAUGAUUUUGGACCUAUAGUGAAAGAGGUUAGCCUUCCUAUGAAUGCAGCUUUGUGUAAGGAACCAGUACCUCUUACACCAACAGAAUCAGCCACUGAUUCAGAUGAAAUACCCAAUGAAAUGCGACCUCGCUCACUGACAGUUGGUUCUUUGGGUACAGGAACACCGAAACGAGAGAAUUCUUUGUUGGUUCCCAAAACAAGCCCAAUGAUGAACAUUUUCCUCAAAGUGGGCAACUCACCAAAGUCAUCUACGCCAAACAGCCCAGGCACACCAGCUCAGCCUGGAUCGUGGAGACAGGCAAUUUUCAACCGAGUAGUCACACCGUUAAAAAAUGUAUCAGAUGAUGUUGCUAGACAUAACUUUCCUAGAACCAAGAGGGAGGCAAGUGAGCUGCGUGCUUUGUGGAGAAAAGCUAUCAAUCAGCAGUUGCUUCUAAUACGCAUGGAGAAAGAAAAUACACGACUUAGAGUCCGUCAAGAAGAAGCUACUGUUAAGCGUAUAAAGCUUGAAUAUGAUGAAAUUGGAUCUUGUUUACGUGAAGGCAUGGAAGUGUGGGAUCUUCUAACAAGCAAAGAAAGUCGCAAAUGUGACCGACAGAUGUUAUUACAAGCUAUUCGCCAAGGUGUGCCUCGCAGCAAGCGAGGUGAAAUAUGGCAGUUCUUAGCUGAGCAGUAUUGUCUGAAGCAACCACCUAUUGACACUACUAACUUCCCGAACUACCAUGUGCCUUAUGAAAAACUUUUGCACCAGCUUACAUCCUAUCAGCAUAGCAUCAUCAUUGACCUUGGACGUACAUUCCCAAAUCAUGUCUACUUUGCAUCACCUUUGGGACCUGGUCAGCUGUCUCUGUUCAACUUGUUGAAAGCAUAUUCUCUGCUGGAUCCUGAAGUAGGAUACUGUCAAGGCCUAAGCUUUGUGGCAGGGAUUUUGCUGCUUCAUAUGGCAGAGGAAUCAGCAUUCUUGAUGCUGCGUCAUCUAAUGUUUCGUCGUGGUUUACGAAAUCAGUAUUUGCCAGACAUGGUAGCUCUACAAAUACAGUUGUAUCAGGUAUCAAGACUCCUACAUGAUUAUCAUCCUGAUCUAUAUUCACACUUUGACGCAAAUGAAAUAACACCUACAUUGUAUGCAGCACCAUGGAUUCUCACUAUUUUUGCUUCUCAGUUCCCAUUGGGAUUUGUGACCCGUGUGUUUGAUUUGCUCUUUGUGGAGAGCCAUGAAGUGAUAUUUCGUGUUGCUGUAGCUCUCCUAGGAGAACAUAAAGCAGGGCUUAUGGAAUGUGAAAGUUUUGAAGGAAUUAUGCAUUACCUUAAAGUCACAUUACCAAAUGUUGACAAAAAUAUUUUGGACAAAGUAAUGAAACAGGUUUUCAGUAUGGAUAUCAAGACAAAAUUGCAUGAGUAUGAAGUGGAAUACCAAGUUCUCCAAGAAGAGAUCAAUAAUUCACGAGUAGAAGCAGAAGUAUUAAAACAAUUACAAGAUGAAAAUCAAGCAUUGACACAUCAACUUCAGAUUGCUGCAAACAAUUUGGAGUGCCUAGGAAAAACUCAAACUGCGCAGCAAAACUCAAUACACCGCCUCGAGGCACAGAUUCGCAGCUUAGAGGUGAGCGUUGAAACUAUGGGUCAUUUCAUUUCAGACCUUGUAGACACUCGCAAAGAUAUAGACAUUCCUGGUGAUGUACGUAGAAUUGUGUCGCAGCUAAUCACAGCACAGAGGAGGAAGUCCCGCCCUGAGGAACCUACUCAUUUCAAAAGCAGUGACAAAGGGUUAGUAGGAGGAAAUCAUAGGGCAAUGCCAUAUCCGUUGAAAACAGCACAAAGUUCUCCAAAUCUGGGUUUGACAUUACCAGGAGUGUCGACAUUGCCGUGUGGAAGUCAAGGUUACUUGAAGACAAAGAAAGCAGGCAGCAGCGCAGCUACUCUCAUGUCUUCUCCAAGUGCUGUGAGUCUAACAAAGGAUAGCAUUGGUAACAGGACAGUUGCAGCUGGAGUGGAAACACCAUCUCAUAAAAGUUUUGACAUUUCGAAUGGUGACAGGUUGUCCAAACAAAUUGAAUCUCAGUUCCCACAUGACCCAAAAUCCAAACUGAAAUCCCAUCAGAGUUCAUUUGAACUCCAUAGUACUAGCUCGAAAGUAGAAGAGGAAGAUUCUUCUGCAACUCACAUACAUCCCCUGGACUCAUGUUCAGGUGUUAGUUUUACAUUCGGUGGUACAACAAAGCUGAAGACUAUUAAACCAGUGCGAGCAAUGUCUGCUCAAAGUUUAACUUUAAAAUCACACCUACCAGAUGGUAAAAAAUGUAAUUCUGAGAACAAGACCAGUUUCUGUGAUAAUUUUAAUAUUCCAGCCACUAAAAUUCAGAAUAAAAAAAAUUGUGACAGCUGAUAACAUUUAGUUUGCUUGAAAGUACGCCAUUUUUUGAAGUGAAUAUGAACUUUUAUCAUUUAUUUUGUAAUAUUAUUAUAUGUUAUGGCAAAUAAUAAAGCAGUUAUUAUUUAUAAUCGUAUAUUUUGUUGCUAUAGUACUUACUGUAUCUAUAUCUGUGCAUAAUUAGCUACAGAUCAGCAAUGAAUAUUUCAGAAUUCAAAUGUUUGUUUGAACAUGGAUUUGUUAGUUCUUUAACAUUAUGUUUUUGUAAUCUGCUGUGAAUUCUAAAAUAAAUUAAAGAGUUUGUUCCGAGAGUAGAUUUAUGAGUUCUCGGUAUUAGGUUUUAAAUAAUUAAAAAUGUAUUUUGUGCAGUAUUGUUUGUAAUAACUCACAUAAGUGCAAUUUGUGUUUUUUUUAUUAUGGCCAAUGUAUUAUUUAGGUUAAUAAUUUUAACAUAUAACAACAUAUUUUGAAUUAUUUACAUUUUUUUCUAAAUUUAUAAAAACCAUUUUUUAUUAGUUUUUAAAGUUUAAAAUUCGUAAGUUCUUAAGUGUUAACUAUACCUGCUUUUACAAACAAAUAUCACAGUACCAUAUUUAAUGAAAUUAUUGUAAAUACUGUAAUUGGACUAAUUGUUUGGUAUUCCAUCUGCAUUUAUUGAAUUUUUUUUAACCAUCAUAAAUAAAACAGUUAAAAUGUUUGUUUAUCUAGAAGCCCAGUAUUUUUAACAUAUAUGGAUUUUGUAUAAUGUACUUGACCUAAAUUAAAAUACUUUUAAUGAAUGGUUAUUCAAAAUUACUCUUUUUUUACUUGAAUUCCAUACUUUGGUAUCAUUUGCUUCUAUUUUAAGGAAAACAAAAAAACAUUAAAGCAAAUUACCAGUUCACUACAUUAUUGUUUUGUUUUACUUGUACUUAUGAAAGACUUCUGCUUACAUUAUACUACUUAUCAUUGAUAUGUAUUUGCUUAUGUUGUGUGGCUCAGAAACAUAUUUUACCUGCUAGUUGUUUUGUUUGCACACCAUUGUUACAAUGUUACAGCGGGUAUUAUAAUAGACCCCUUUUAUAUAGAGUUACAUAUAUUGCAUAUAUAUCACAGUUAUGUAUUUAAAAAUAGGAAUUAAUACCUGUGAUUCUAUCACCAGGAACAUUUGUAUUUUUUAAAAGGUAUCCAUUGCUUGGUUACGUAAUGCUGACUCAAAUAUAUUCUGCUGUGUAAGACAUGCCAAAUCACAGCAUUAUCAUGUGCACAUUCAUUACUAUAACCUACACUAGUCUUCCUGAAUACUCUAGAGGGUUUUGGUUUAGUUGAAAACUAAUUGCGAAGAAACCCUGGUGUAGUAGCGGCCAGUAUGGAUGAGCUCAAGUACAUUUGAACACCCAGUUAUUAAAAAGAAAAUGUGUAUAAUAGUGUUAAAAAUGUGCAAUCUCAUUCCAUUUUAGGAUGAAUAUCUGGAAUAUCCACUCUAUGACUUUAGCUGCAAUGUUGCAACACUGUGAUGUGCGCACCGAAUUUGUGCACAUUUUAAGUUCUGUCUGGGUGUGUACGGCAUGGAAGUUGCAUCAUUGAGGAGAAGCACAGUUCAAAGUGUGCUUUCAUCACCUGUGUCUUGGGGGCAAUCAUGUUUCUGUUGAUGGGAUUGCAACUGUAGCCAUUUAAAGGCCUGUCCCACUAUCAAAUGUUUGUUUCCAACAAUUUCCAAUCAAAUAUGUCAAUUUUAGAGGGUUAUGAUGAACUCGAAAACCUCACUAGUACAGCCAUGUUUUUCAGUUGGAUGACUAAAUUUCCAUGUUUUUUAUAACCUGAGUGGGUUCUACAAUUUUUUGUGUGUUUGAUGGAAUCUGCUAAUCAGUAUCAUGCUCAAAGAAGAUAUGAAGGUAAAAUAAAUAAUGUUCAUAUGAGUGUAAUCUGUAAAGUAAUUACUAUGAAGGAAAAUAAAAAAGAACUAGCAUGUGUCUAUAACUGUUAAAAGACUGCAGAACAUUCCUUUUAUUAUGUGACAAGUAUUUGUUAUCUGAAACUACAAUGGUUUUUAAUUGUUAAAAAAUGCUAAAAAUCAUAACUUGUUAAAACAAAUUUUUAUCACUGUGUUGAAUUAUUUUUAUUUUUGAAUAAAAUUAAAAUUUUAAAUUUGAUGUGUCUCUGUCCAAUAUAAAUUUUUGAUUGUGUCAUGAAAUUAAAAACAUGUUUAAGGUAAUCUGUUCACUUUAUUUGAUAAAAUUAGAAGUCAUAUUAUGUUCAAAAGUAUUUGUCAGACUGUUUGUCAAAUAUAGUUGGAAAUAGAAAUCUGAAAGUGUGGCAGAGUCUCAAGAAAUUCUGUGUUAAUUUUGUAGAGUCCAAACUUGUGUGUUUUAUUGCACUCGUACAACCAUUUACAUGUGUUAUUUUGGUCUUUGUACUCAUCUGUUGUACAGGUAUGUUCUAAAUUUAUCCAUAAACUCCUGGCCCAGAAUAGUCUUCAGACAAGUUUGUAUUUGAAAGUAAAGGUGCCAACGCCAUGCUAAGUUACAUAUAGCAGCAAUAAUGAAUUCUGCUUACUAUUAUAUCAAAAUUGAAAAAAAACCUUAGUAAUUUGAAAAUUCCUUUUAAAAUAAUAGCUAUGCAAAAUAUUUAAACUGAAAAAAAAAAAAGUUUUGUUUUCAAUGGAUUUUUCUCUCAGAGGAACUAUUGAUAUAGUUUACUCAUGUUGGGGAUGCCUUAGUAAAAUUUCUUAGUGUUUUAUAUAGAAUGUUAUCCAUUUGUAAUACAAAGUUUUGUACCAGCAUGUACUUUGUCCAGAUGGUAUGGAUAUCUGUGAGUGUGCUUAUGACUGGUCUAGACGCAUUUCAUUCAGGAUAUUGACCUGUGACUAGGAACUGUUCAGCGUGUCACAAUAUCCGAUAUCUUAAAAUAUUCAGGCUAAAUUCAUAUCAUUUUUUCCAUUGUAUUAAAUGAUUUUACAUGUUUCGUAGGUAUAUUUAGUAAGAGCUGCCUUUAUUUUAGGGGAGAUCACUCAGUAAGUAAUUUGAACAACCUUGUUUUAGGUUUACAAGUCGCUACUGCCCAUGUGUAUACUAUUUACUCUCAUGCCCGCCCCUUUUUUUUCUACAUGAUCAUUUUGGCGCCAAUUUCAAACCUUCAGCGUUAGCUUUAACAGUCAAAUUUUAAAAAUCAAGCAUUUUCAUCAGUAAUUUUUGCAGGCUUUCACGGCCAACCUCAUUCUCAGUAGGUAACUGCUCCCUGAUGAUGGUGACUGGAAUGUCGACCGAAAUGUCGGUGAAUUUAUCGCCAAGGACACGACUACAACCCAGAAGCUAAGCUACUUCCAUUUUCAUCAGAAUUAUUAGAAUUUUCCUGCUUACACAAAACCAAUUAUCUAGUGGGAGUUUAAUAAUAUGUAAUUUUUAUAAGUGUGACAAAUACAUUUUCGGGUGGUAAAAAUUAUAAAUGGUUUUCACAUACUUCUAUUCCCAUGCCACGGAUCACUAAACAUUUAUCCCAACUUUGAAAGUUUAUUUUUUAAUUAAUCUAUUUAAUUCACAGAACAACCACAUAUCCUCCAGUUAUUUUUGAAACUAUGCAGAUUUGAUUUGUUGUGUCAGUAUAAUAACAUGAAAUUAUUGGAUAGGUUUAUUUUAUUCAAAUAUUACAAUAAUUUUAUUGUGUUAUUCAAAUAUGAAUAUCACAAUAUGUGAAAAAAGAUAAUCAUAAAGUAAUUGGAAAAUUUUUCUUUAAGUAAAAUAGUAAUUAAAAAAAAAGUGAUGACAUUUAUAAACAUUGUUAAUUUUUUUGAUUGGAACUGAUAAUUCAAUUGUCUGUUGAUCUGUUGUUGCAUUGAUGGUGGAGGAAUGGCCAGGCACCAUCUAUGUGUAAUUAAUUGUACAUCUCGUUGGGGCAUCAUCAAUUUGGUAAGUGAUGCUGUGUAUACCAGCCAGAAGGAGAUCCUAGUGAGGCCUAUGUGCUGUUCACCUAAGAUGUCCUUGGUGGCUAUUGGUCAUGCCAGUGGCAUGCACUUGUCACCCUUCUGUUUUAUUGUAGGUAGUUGAUGAAUACCCAAUUCCAAAUUUUUUUCUCUAUUUUGCGCUGAUACAGUUUUGUUGUUUCAUUUUGAAGUGUCAAAAUCUCACAUUCUGUGUAGUAUAAUGUAAAUAAAGAGCUAAUAAUUAUAAUCUUCAUCUGGUUCCAGAAUAAACAAUUGUGUAUUUACCUCAUGAAGGCCUGCUUAGUGUCACAUUUAAAAGAAGAUUCACAUGUCUGCGUUUGGUUGAUUUUUCUUGCUAUGCUAGCUGAAAAAUUGCCACUACAUAACACUUUUUCUCUGUGUCUAAUGUUUGUGGCUACUUCACUGUACACCUACAAUGAGUGCUUAUAAUUCCAUUGGCUUGAUUAAGCUAUCCUUGAUUUCAAUUAUGGUGUAAAUCUGUGGUGGGUUGAAGGAACGGCCACACAAACUUGUCUUUUGCUGCACCCAACACUCUUACAGUUUUGCCCAACAGGUUCCAGGCAGCAGGCUAAUGGAAAUACCUCACAUUUUAUUAGGUUUAUUACUUUUUUAAUUCUUUCAUAAAACUCAUGAAGUGACAGCAAGCUGAAACACAAAGUUUAUCUCUAUGUAUAUUUUAACGUGUAGGUACUUAAUAAUCAAUUAUGAUUUGCAUGUGUCUGGUUAUUGCCUAUAUGCGUGAAUGUUUUUAAUGCUGUUACUAUAUUUGAUUUUAUGAUUAGGUUUGAAAUACAUUAACAUAAUAAUUGUAUCUUUUAUGCACACAGUGAGUCAUUAUUAGUCUCUUAACAAUUGUGAGAUUUAUUAUACCAAAAUAACAUGAAAAUAAAAGUGGCAUUUUUCCCUGAAAAUGAUUUAUUAGGGAUAGAUGCAUUUAAAAGUUUUGUAUUAAAUGGUUUUACUUGAAGAUAUCAUUGACCAAAGUGGUAAAAACAAUUAUUGAAUAGUGCUUGUUGAAAAAAAUAUUGCAUCUCUACAAAAACUAGGUUGGCAAUUUUUCAUGGGGAAUAGCCAUCCUCUUUUUGUAUUGAGUUUUGUAAUAAUAUUGUGUGAAGUUAAUAUUAAUUUUCAGAAGAGGUUAUCUUGUUGGGCCAUUCUGUGAGUUAACCAUUUUCCAGGAAACCACAUGCUCAUAUUCAUUUAACUUAACUGUUAAACCUAUAUUGAAAAUUAUGCUUUGAGUUCACAACCUAAACCAGCAAUAAUUUUAUUUCAGUAGGAUAGCAAGUUAUUUCAGGAGUGUUUUAACUUUGAGAUACAUCUUAGUAACAAUUAUAUGUAAACAUUCCUGAGUUUUUUUCUAUUUCAACAGAGUUGCCAUUUUUUUUUAGUAUGUUUGUGCUGCACUUACAGUACAUUUUAUGUAUUAAAUAACAUGUUAUAAGACUACAUACCUACAAAUAUGUUUGUAAACAGAAAUCACAUGGGUCAGAGAUCUGCCGGUUAGCCAGUUUGUAUGUAUAUAUAUUCAAUUAACAGUGCAUAUUUUGGGAAGUCAAGAAUGUAGAAAUAGGUUCAAUUUAGUCUGUGAUUGAAAAUUGUACCAUAAAAUGUGAUACUUCAUAUCUUCAUUAUAUUUUUAUCUGUAUAUCUUCCUUAUAAUAACAUUGUGUUUGUUGGUGCAAAUGAGGUAAUCUCAGUUGAUCUGAUUUUAAAAAAUUCUUUCUCUGUUGGCUAGAUUAUUUUAUGCAUAUUGUUUUAUGCUAAAUUUUAUUCUAGUUGAAAAUUUUUGGUUCAGAAAAGUUAUAAGACUGUAAUCAUACUGUUCAGUCUAUAUUUUUUAUUUCUUACUAAAUGUAUAAAUGACUAAAUGGGCAAAAUAUGUAAAACUAUAAAGACCAGCCUUAGCUUCACUUUGUUGGUAUUAGUAAUGGAAAUGAAUCAGAAUUUCAACCUUUAGGAACUAUAAAUCUUCCAUAUAGCAUUAUAUAAUAAUGUAAGAGUGUGUGAUUGCUUGUAUAAAAUAGGUCAUUUUAGAAACUUUAAGUCUAAUUUUAAAGAAACCUUAUGGUAUCCAAAUAUUUAUGUGAGCAUAAUACCUACUGUGGAAUAUUUCUGUGGGAAAAAAUUAAUUCCAUCUCGAAAAAUUCUCAGACACUGACAUAUAUUCAGUAAUUAUAACCAAUAUCACCAUUUUCUUAUUUAUUUGUACUGUUUUUUUAGACAUAGCAAGACAGUUUAUGUACAUAGGUUUAUUAUUUUUGUUGUAAUUAAAAUUGAAAAAAGGAAUUUUCAUUGUCUGCUAUUAUUAUUACAAAUUGAAAGUAAUGUAUUUCUGUGUACAGUAUCUACAUUUGAAGUUUAUGUCAUAAUUAACUCUCUAAUCUUGGGGAAGGCAGAAAAUUACCAGAUUAAGGCGAGUGCACUCAGCUUCCACAUUGGCACAUUGGCACUAGCAGACAAUGAUGGUUGUGAAGAUUUUAAAUGCCAGCUUUGAUUAAGUAAUAUUAACAUGAAACAGAAAUAUUAAGCGCAUCUACAGGACACAGGUAUGUAAGUUUAAAUUAUUAUCCUAAAAAGGUUAGGUAUGGGCAGUCAGAAAAAUUAAUCAAAUAAGCAUUCUAAUGACAUAAACAUGCAACUUUUGGACAAGAAUCAAACAAUUGAACAUUCACUUUAUUAAAACGAGGAAAGAAAUGUGUGUGUUGGUUCAUGGCUGCGGUGUCUUGAUUGGGUUGCGUUGCUGUGCCCUGUUAGAACAGCUACUUGUGCACUUCGUGAUUGACACACUACAGAUGGCAAGGCCUAUGCAUUGGGCUUAAAGGCAGAGGGAAGGGUGUAUUUGGUGUCUAAUUGCUUUCCCUUCAACAAGAAAUAGUCUGUGAGAUUCACAAAACUAGACCACUAAGUUAAUUAAAAUAAUUUAUCUGAGUACUUUUGUGAGGUGAGAGUACUAUGAGCCAUUGAAACCCUCUGAAACUGUGACUAGUACAUUGAAAGAACUCAAUUUUAUACAAGCAAUUGAUGUAACUUUUGUUUUCGUGAGAUAGUCUCACCAAAAAAUGUUUCAUCCCAAAAGAAAUAGUAAUUUGAUGCACAUUUAAAAUCAGCACCUAUGUGUAGUUAUUUUUUUUUUAAAUAUUGCCUUAAGAAUUUGAAAGCUAAGUCAAUUAUUAAUAUAAGGAAAUAGAUCUAUUCUAAAGGUCUAUGAAAGAUUUGGUAUGGAAGAGGGAAUUGCCAUUAAAAUGCAAACAAGUUUUGUACAAUACUUACUACAUGUCCAUAGUCACUUAUGUAGCAGACACUCAGACUUCAGAUAAGAGAGAUGCUGGGAUGAUCAGAGCAAUAGAAAUGAAGUUUGAGGCGUAUGUUGGUGGUUACGAUGCAAGAGAGAUGGUGCAAGCAAGAGCAGGAGUACGGGACUUGAAUGAGAUCAUGGGAAAAGUAAGAAUGAGAUGGUAUGGUCAUGUAAAGAGAACGGGAAAAGAGAGGCUGUCUAGGAAAGUGAUGGAGUAGAAGUAUACAGGAAGAAGACCCCAAGGAAGACCAAAGAGGAGGUGGGAAGAGCAGUUAGUAAAAGGAGUGCAAGAGAGAGAAGACUGGAAUAGAUUGAAGGAUGAGGAAUGGUGGCGUGGCAGAGGAAGAUGGAGGCAUUUUACUUUGCUGACUCAACUGCAGGCUGGAAGCAGUUGAGGAUGACGACGACAUUAAUAUAAGGUGAGUGUUAAAUAUCUAAACGAAAUGGCUUGUUUAAAGUAGGUGGCCAGCAAGUAAACUCUGCAUUGUAAUGACCCUCACAUAGUUGCUCAAAAAAUUGUACUCUUUGAUGGGUGAACGAACUAUAGCUGCUACAAGGAUUUACUCAACAAUAUUAGCAAAGAAGUUUUAAAGAAUUUUCCAGGGGAUAGUAAAUUAUCUUCUUCAAUAGGCACUGUCGUCAAUACAAAAGACAUAAUUCACUAUAAACUAAAGUUUUGAUUUCUCCAAAUCCUUCAAUAAUCCUGCCUUUAAUGCAGUGGGUUAAAAAAAUCUGGCUUAUUUUAAUGCAAAAUGUUUGUUUAGUCAAUGUGUAAUGUUACAAUAUUGUGUGUGAGUGAAAGACACCACCUGUUACUAUAAUAAAUAAGUUUAGCUUCAUUCACAGCCGAUCUCUAAGCUUUCAAACAGUGAAAAUACUUUUUAACGUUCAUCCAGUUGUUCAGACAUAAUGCUUCAACAAACAAACAUAAACACCAAACUCAGUUGAAAUUCUACUAUAGUUUCCUGAGAUUACAUAUAUGUAUGUUAAUAUAUAUGUGUGUAUACACACACACAGGUGAAAUAUAUGCUGCAUUUAAUACCAAUAGUUGUGUAUGUGCACACUCUUGCCUGAUCAUCGGUUUUCACGAGCCUCCGCCCAGCAACAGUAGAUAGCUGGCCGCCACGCCACGUUACUGAUGGUUUAAUGUGCAUGGCUUGGCAUGAGUUUGGAAGUCCUGAGACCUUGCUAAGUUAAAGCUAGUAGCACUUAGUGGUACUUCAUGGUAUGUUUUUUUGUUGUAUGGUUGUUUGUUGCUGUAUGAUCGAAAAUUAAAUGGAUAUCGUGCAUUAUGAAGACCUUAACUGUCUACCUACCAUUUUGACAAAGGUGACAUGUGGUAGUCUAGGGCAUGGAUGAAUUAUAAUCACAUACAUCUAUUUAUUUAGUUGUUAUGAAUGCAGAUGAUUUAAAAAUGAAUAUAUAACAUUUUUUUAAUGAAUUUUCAUUACUAUAAUCAUCUAAGCGAAGCAGGUUGAAAUGCUGGUUAUGGUAUAAAGUGUUCAGAAAUAAAUCUUUCAAUUUUUGAUACAGAUUUUACUUAACUGUAAGUAAAAUAUGUGACUCAAUGUUGUCAAAAGUAAAUAAUAUGCUUCCAAACUCUAAAAUAUGAAAAUUUAUGUGUACAACUAGGUAUGUUGAAGUUGAUAAUUAGAUUGUUGUUGAAGGUUUGUGUAUUUUAGUGUAUAAAUAUUUCAAUAAAUUAUAAUGAAACG